UAUUGAUUGAGGAAAAAAGUUUUUCUUUUCGUUGGUCAAUCAUAUUGAUGGCACAGCGAAUUUGGACCGAGGUGGAGGAAGAAACGUUACUUUCCAAGCUUACGACCCUUGUAGAUCAAGGAAUGUGGAAUGGCAAGCCCAGUGAGUGCCAACCCGCAUACUUGGAAUAUCUUCAAAAUCAAAUGCAAGCUUCUUUUCCUGAAGCAGGUAUCGAACCAAAUCAUAUCCUGAGGAAGAUGAAGUAUUGGAAACGGGGUUUUUUCUACGUAACCGAAAUACUUCACCGUCCUGGAUUUGGGUGGGAUUCAAAUGAAAACAAAGUUGUGGCAGAAUAUGAAGUUUGGGAGGAAUUAAUCCGAGAUCGGCCACAAGUGAGACUUUAUCGGGACAGGCAAAUUCCCAAAUUCAAUCGAUUGGGCCAUAUUUUCGGUCGUCGGGAAAACUAGAUGGUCGAAGUUGAAGGCAUGUGUUCGAAGAAUAAAUUUGUAGUUGUCAAAUAAAUGGAUUUGCCUUUUCAUGGCUUCCUAAUUUGUUUGAUGUAUGUGUGUGAGAGUGCAUUUCUGUUGUUCAUUUGUAUUGUAUCAUGUUUUGAAGUGAAGUGAAUUAUCGAACCAGCGAAUAUUUCAUCA